UCGAUCCCUCCCAAACAUAUCACAUUAGACAGAUUGUAACAAAAAAAAAAAAAAAACCUCCAAAACAGAGAGAGACGCCGAGCGAGAGAGAGAAAGAGAGGGGAGGAGGAUGAUGGAGAUGUGAAUUGAGCAUCCAUCUCUUCUCUGUGCGUUAUCAAUCUCAUAUCAUUCGCUUCACCUCUCCCCCCCACACCACCCACCAAAACCAAAAUGAUUGGUUGAUUCAUGCAGCGGUGUUUGGGAAUCCAAAUUCUUCAUAUCAAAAACAAUAAAUUUUUAUUAUUAUGAUGACCAUGUUGGGCAGGAAAAAGAGCCAAGUCUGUGAUUCUUCCUCCUCCAUUGACGAACCUCCCAAGUCCAACCAAGAAAGGCUCUACCGAGUCUGGAAGGGUAACAAUAAAUUCUUAUGUGGCGGAAGAUUAGUGUUUGGUCACGAUGGCGCAUCACUGUAUCUAACUAGCUUUUUGAUCGGAUGUCCCGCACUCACAUUCUGCAUAAGAAUGCUUGUUACCAUCAAAGGACAUGAAGCAGGUUAUAGCUAUCCCGUAUUCACUGCAGGCCUGAUUCUCACUGUUUUGGAUUUUACUUUUCUCUUCCUCACGUCUGGUAGAGAUCCUGGUAUAAUUCCGAGGAAUUCAACAUCACUUGAAUCGGAUGAGGCUUCCGAUACCUUUACCCCAUCAAUGGAAUGGGUCAAUAACAAAGGCUCUAGUAUGAAAAUUCCCCGAAUUAAAGAUGUCCCGGUCAAUGGCCAUACAGUGAAGGUCAAGUUUUGUGAUACCUGUUUGUUAUAUCGCCCACCACGCGCCUCUCAUUGUUCCAUCUGCAACAACUGUGUUCAGAAGUUUGAUCACCACUGUCCAUGGGUUGGUCAGUGUAUUGGAUUACGUAACUAUCCAUUUUUCAUCUUGUUUAUUUCAUCAUCAACCUUGCUCUGCAUAUAUGUCUUUGUGUUUUCCUGGAUCAACCUUCUUCAAAAAGGGGGCAAUCUAUGGAGGGCCAUGUCACAUGAUGUCGUAUCAGUUAUUCUGAUAGUAUAUUGCUUCAUAGCUGUCUGGUUUGUUGGGGGGCUUACAGUUUUCCAUGUCUAUCUAAUCUGCACCAACCAGACAACAUAUGAGAACUUUCGUUACCGCUAUGAUAAGAACGAAAACCCGUACACUAAGGGGAUACUGGGAAACUUAAAAGAAGUGUUCUGCUCCAGGAUUCCACCAUCAAUGGUAAAUUUCCGAGCAUGGGUUCUAAAAGAUGAUGAUACUGCAAUGGGAUCCAUCGCUUCAGAGAGUGAAAGAGGCUUCAUCAGUUCCAAGGAGAAAUUCGACAUAGAAAUGGGGAACAAGUUUACCAAGGAUGGUAAUAUGAUGGUUCCAAGUAUAUUGCAGAAAUUGGACUACACUGGCAUUGAUGAUAACAUGAAGAAGAAGAAUUUGGAUAGUAGUGGUUUCAAUGAUGAUUUAAAAAGGAAGGCAUCAGAUCAACCGUUUCUUUUUCCUAUUGGUCAAGAAAUAAAAAAUUCAAAGGGGGGUUCUGCAGCUCGAGUUAAUUCUGUUAGUGACAAGAGGACACAGUAGUUCCAAAUCGUCUUGCAUAACUGCUUGUUUUCGAGUGAAAGGUUUUGCUGGAUAAAUUUUUCUCAGUAAAUGCUUGUCAUAUGAUAGAUUGACUGAACUUGUUGAGUCAAUGAUCCUAAAAUGCUCAUUUACUGAGAUUAGAGGUGAAAUGUGAAGGUCAGUGAUGUAAUUAUAAUGGAAUCAAGAAAAUGAGAUUAAUUCAUUCUAGUGCUCAUGUUCUGUUCAAACU